AUGAAGGGCUACCUCCGAGAUGUACUGAUUCGCAACAAACAUUCUAUUAACGACAAACAGCUUAUCUGCCCUGUUCACGGUGUUCAUCAUCCAAACUCUGAACACAACAACGGCCCUAACAUGUUUGGCCCGGGCAUGUUUGGUACUGAAAAGUUUGGACCUGGACGAUAUGGUCCAGGGUUAUUUGGUUUUAACAAGUUUGGCCCAGGUGAUGUCAAUAAGAUUAAAAAGAAACAUGCUCCUUAUGAAUAUGUAAUUUACAACAACGAUGAUAACGACGGUAUUUCUAAUUUUGGCCCAAAAUAUUACGGCACUCCCAACAUGUUUGGUCCCAAUAAAUAUGGCCCUGGAAUGUUCGGCCCGGGAUUGUUUGGCUCCAACAAGUUUGGUCCCGGCGAUUUUGGUCCUAAAAAAGUCAAGCCGUAUAAGACUGGCCCUAAAGAUUUUGGUCCCUGGAAAUAUGGCCCUGCAGAGUAUAAGCCUUGGAAGUAUGGUCCUGGAAGGUAUGGUCCAGGGAAGUAUGGAUCUGGGAUGUAUGGUCCUGGAAAGUAUGGUCCUGGGAUUUAUGGUCCUGGGAUGUAUGGUCCUGGAAUGUAUGGUCCUGGAAUGUAUGGUACUGGGAAGUAUGGAUCUGGUAUGUACGGCCCCAAUAAAUUUGGAUUGAAAUAUCCUUCAUACAAGUAUAUGAACAACGUUGGUUUGAAACCGUAUGGCCCUGGUAAUUUAGGCCCUGGACAAUACGGCCCAAGCCAAUUCGGCCCAAGUAAGUUUGGUCAAGGUCAGUUC